AUGGAUACCCUUUCCUCCUCUUUCCUUCCUAAAUUAUCAAUUCACCCCAACAACACACACUCACACCCCACCACCACCCUCCCUUUCCUCAAUGUUUCAUCCGUUAAGAUCGACGACCGCCCACAAACCACCACCAGAACCCCACCCAAGAAACCUACUCCACCACCCUCCCCCGCUUACACAACCCCCCCGCUGCUUACCAGAAAACCAGCUGAGCCACCGUCGCUGCCCGCCACCAUCUUCAAUGCAUUUGAUUACUUGAUUAACACCUUCAUUGAUCCUCCCCUUAAACCCUCUUUCGACCCCAGGUAUGUUCUCUCGGAUAACUUUGCUCCGGUUGAUGAGCUACCCCCCACCGAGUGCCAGGUGGUUCAAGGCUCCCUGCCACCCUCCCUUGACGGGGCUUACAUUCGCAACGGCCCGAAUCCUCAGUUUCUCCCCCGCGGCCCUUACCACCUCUUCGACGGAGAGGGUAUGCUCCACGCCAUCAGAAUUUCUAAAGGUAAAGCCACCCUCUGCAGCCGCUAUGUUAAAACUUAUAAAUACAAAGUCGAAAGCGAGAAGGGAUUCCCCGUCAUCCCCAAUGUGUUCUCCGGCUUCAACGGCCUCUCCGCCUCAGCGGCGCGCGGUGCAGUUACAGCUGCUCGGGUUCUCGCCGGCCAGUUCAAUCCCAUCAACGGUAUUGGCUUGGCGAACACCAGUUUAGCUCUAAUUGGCGGACGCCUCUACGCUUUAGGCGAAUCAGAUCUCCCCUACUCCGUAAAAGUAGACCCAAAUGGCGAAAUUCACACUCUGGGCCGCCAUGAUUUUGACGGCCAGCUCCUGAUGAGCAUGACGGCGCAUCCCAAAACCGACGCACAAACCGGCGAAACCUUCGGCUUCCGCUACGGCCCCGUGCCGCCAUUUUUAACCUUCUUCAGGAUAUACGCCAACGGAGAAAAACAGCCGGAUGUGCCAAUUUUCUCCAUGACAAGCCCGUCAUUUCUCCACGACUUCGCCAUUACAAAAAAGUACGCGAUCUUCAACGAAAUUCAAAUCGGAAUGAACCCACUGGAAUUGAUGGCCGGCGGUUCUCCGGUGGGUGCCAACCCCGGAAAAGUUCCCCGGAUCGGCGUUAUUCCACGAUACGCCAAGGACGAGUCGGAAAUGCGGUGGUUUGAGGUGCCGGGUUUCAAUAUUAUUCACGCGAUCAACGCAUGGGAUGAAGACGAGGGGAACUGGAUAGUGAUGGUGGCGCCGAAUAUACUGUCGGUGGAGCAUACGCUGGAACGGAUGGAUCUGAUACACGCGUCUAUGGAGAAGGUGAAAAUUGAUCUCCGAACUGGUACGGUGUCCCGCCACCCAGUAUCCACCAGGAACUUGGAUUUCGGGGUGAUCAAUCCGGCGUUUGUUGGGAAAAAGCACAAGUACGUGUAUGCAGCAGUGGGGGAUCCAAUGCCAAAAAUAUCUGGAGUAGUGAAGCUGGACGUGUCGACGUCGGAAGGUGACCGCCGUGAUUGCAUAGUGGGAAGCCGGAUGUUCGGGGCAGGUUGCUUCGGCGGUGAACCAUUCUUCGUGGCUAGGCAGCCCGACAAUCCAAAUGCAGAGGAGGACGAUGGAUAUGUGGUCACUUACGUCCACAAUGAAAAUACAGGGGAGUCGAGAUUCCUAGUCAUGGAUGCCAGAUCUCCUAGUUUAGAGAUCGUCGCGGCCGUGAGGCUGCCCCGCCGUGUCCCCUACGGCUUCCAUGGCCUGUUCGUUAGAGACACUGACCUCAACAAACUAUGACAACUAUCUAAUCAUACUCAAAAACAUAAUGUUAAUUAAUAAUAUAGAAAUUAUUAAUGUACUAUAUAUCACAUCGUAUGGCUUUAUACAUCAUCAAGUGUUCAAUUGUUCGGCGCAAUAAACUGCGUGUUUCGUAAAAGUUAUAA